AUGUGCAAUAACGUGUCGGCAACAAGCUUGCUGCUUUGUGGAAAGGGUUGCAUUUCGGGUUCACGGAUGGCACAGCAGCUGCUCUUGCGGAAGCAGUCUUAUUCUAAUGGAAUAAGUCUACAACGAUUUUCAUGGCCUGACAUGAUGACCUUUUGCACAACAACAAGAAAAUUUGAUAAUUAUCAUUCAAUGACGAUAACUAGGCAUGCACAAAUUCAAGAUAUGAACAACUACUCCAAGCAUCAUCAUCAUGAUAAUGCUGCAAAAACUCCAUCAACGAAUGAUUUUGAUUUGAUUUAUAAAACAAAAUUUCAUCAAGAUGAUUCCGAUGAGAGGCUUUUCCGUUUCAUGAAUCAUGUCUUGCAACAAUCAAAUGGAGAAGCGUUUUUGUAUAUUUUCAAGAACAAGAAUCAACAAGAUAGAUCUUGUGCAAGACUUGAUGAGGAAGAAAAUAUUCUUUCACGUUUUCUGCAAACUCCAACAACUGCUGCUAUCUUUAACAUUCAAAAUGGCACGGUCCUACGAAUGAGUACUGAACAAGAAUUGCUCCAUGUUCUCUCUGAUUUAGCUCUAUAUGGUGGAGCUUAUGCAGAGAGGCCUGAAAAUUCACUCGCUGAGAGCUGGGCCACUGAAACCAUUCACUCAUGGAAAUCAAUGAUUCUUAAACAGAGUCACAACUUUAACGCAUUGUCCAACAAUGAAAAUAUUCUGGAAUUUUCAAGUGGAAUAUCCAUUGACUUGUAUCGAUUGGACUCUACACUUGCACAAAUAAUGCACAGCCCCUCAGACUCCUCAAGCAUUGAAGACACUUCUUCUUCGUUGAUUUCAAGGAUAAACUUGAACACUCCAUACAUUGAGCUCAAACACUUUUUUAAUGGCUCCAUGUGGGACAAAAUUAUGCUUUGUACAUUCACAUUAACUGCAACACAACACGAGAAUGCAAUGAAUGUUGAAUCCUAUUAUUUGCUCCUGGGAAUCACUGACAAGGAAUAA